AUGGGUGGUGACAACAAGGGAGAAACAACAAAGAAGCCGCAACAAUCAAAACCAUCACAACCAUCACAACAACAACAACAACAACAACAACAGCAGCAAAAUCCUCAGCCGCAACAACAACAACAACAACAGCAACAGCAACAACAACAAAUCUCAAUAUCUUCUCCCAAAGAUCCAAUAUUGGAAGAGUCAACAGAUCAAACCAGACUAAUAUCAGCUCCUUUGUUCAUCCCCGGCGGUGCAACUUCCUCUUCACCGUUUGAUCAUCAGCAAUUCGAUCAAGCGGUGACCAACCCUAAGAGACCAAGAUACACCUCCGCAACCGGCCAAUGGAAGCUUCUACCGUCUCCUUCUUCUCAGCAGAAAGUGGUUCAGACCCAAAUGACGGUUUUGACCUCCGAGUCAAGCCCAUCGCCAACCGCCUACCCUCCAGCCUCAAGCAUAGUCCCUGCGAAUAUAUCCCAACCCCGAGCGCUCCACAGCGCCGCCGCUUCCUCCUCCGAUACGGCGUCGUCUCCUUCCCACUCCUUGCCGUCCGGCCAAGACACGAGCAAACCGGAGGGGGAAAACCAGGUUCACCAGCAAUUCAGGAAGGGAAAGUACGUGAGCCCGGUGUGGAAACCUAACGAGAUGCUGUGGCUAGCCAGGGCUUGGCGGGUUCAGUACCAAAGCGGCGGUGGGUCUAAUGGGUCCGGAACGUCUUCGAGAGGCAAAACUAGAGCCGAUAAGGAUAAAGAAGUGGCCGAGUUUCUCCAACGGCAUGGGGUUAACAGAGACGCGAAAACCGCAGGGACGAAGUGGGACAACAUGUUGGGGGAGUUUCGGAAGGUUUAUGAGUGGGAGAGAGGAGGGGAGAGAGAGCAAGUUGGGAAAAGCUAUUUUCGGCUCUCGCCGUAUGAGAGGAAGCUUCAUAGAUUGCCUGCUUCGUUUGAUGAGGAAGUUUUUGAGGAGCUUUCGCAGUUCAUGGGGUCCCGAAUGAGGACCCCACAGAGCAGAGCAGCCUCUGGAAUUCUCGUCGCCGCCGGUGAUGAUUCUAGGAUAAGAGCAAGCCUCCCAGCUCCCGCUCCUUUCAAGGAAGACGAACAAUUCCCUCUCCCAGCUAGGACAAAGCAGUUGAUAAUUGGAAGUGGGGGUGAAACAUUUUACUAUGGAGGAAGUGGGAGCGGGAGAGGAGGGGCUUUAAUGGGGUUUGAGUCCUCAGGAGACAUGGCGGGCCCAUCACCACCAUCGUCAUCUUCUUCAAAGGAGCUUCGUCGGAUCGGUAAGGUUCGAAUGACAUGGGAAGAAUCUGUGAGUUUGUGGGCUGAAGAAGGCGAGCACCAUAGAGGAAGAGUGAAGCUCCAAGGAGGGUCGUUGAGCUUCUUGAACGCUGAUGAACUCACUUACUUUGACGACGCCAUGGUCGCUUGCACCCUGGAAGGGUUUGAAGAAGGCCCUCUUAGAGGAUUCUCCGUCGACAGAUUCGUUUCCGGACAGCAAGUCAAAGUCUUUGGCAGGAAAAAGCCUUUCUCAGUCUCUGCUGCUCCUGGCUUCCAAGAGAAAGUUCAACAGCAGCUUCCAUUCACGGAAGCCUCCAUAAGAUCAAUUCCUCCAUGGGAAUUUCAGGAUGCAAGCGAUUACUACGUAGGAUGUCUUAGAGUUCCACCACCAUCAAUCCCAAGCCUAUUCGAGCUCUCAUGGUACUUACAAGAACCGCCGCCGGAGGAACUUCGCAUCCCGCUUCGCAAAGACGUUUACCGAGACUUGCCUCAAGGGAAAGAUCUAUUCUUCACAAUGUCCACCGAAUUACUAGACUGUAGAGCCAUAACAUACGAUAUACUAAGCCCCAUCAUCAGGCCAACUCCUAGUCUCACUUCUUCGACCGCCACAAGUAGAGAAUCAUUCGUUGGCCUUUGGGACGAUUGCAUUAACAGAAUCGUCUCAAAGUUUUGCUCAGUCGAGAUGGUCACCAUUCGUAAACCCACUUCAACAUCAUCAACCGAAGUUUUGCAAGAUCAAUGGCCGAACUUGACAGGCUUCGUAAGGAACUUUUGUUUGUGGAGAGGAGAGGAAACCGACCAACUAAGGGAAGGGCAAAUUGAUCCGUCAAAUUCCAUUGUGGAAAAGCUUCUAUGGACCUAUGGAGAUGUUCCAUACAUAUUAGGUUACUACGUGAUUGGCUUUUUGGUAACUUUCUGCGCGCUGAGCCGCGCGCAGGACCGCAUAAUCCGAACCGAUCUACAGACGCUAGACUUGUCCUCACCAUCGGAUAGGUUAAAAGCCCUAGUCCCAUGCUACAGAAUCGCGGGUCUAUUGCCAUUACUAGCGGACCGAUGCUUCAUCAACGUCAACUCCAAAACUCUCAUCUACAGUGACUUCGAGAGAGUCGACAAUGGUAAUGGAAACGUGACGGAGAUGACACCGAACACCGCAACGAGAUUCUUUCCCAACAGGAGAAAGUGGGCGGCAGUGAAAGAAAUCUACGAUUUUCUAGACCACCGAAUCCCGCACGCCGAGUUCGUCCACCGAUCUUCGGAGAAAGAUCUCUCUCUUGUGUUCAAGCCGAGAGGGAUCAAAACCAAGCCGGCGAACUGCGAUCAGCUUGUGGAGGCGCUCAAGUACGUGACGAAGGCGCUCGUGGCUCUACACGACUUGUCGUUCAUGCACAGGGAUUUGAGCUGGGAUAAAGUGAUGAUGAGGAGGGCCGAGAGAGGGGAUCAGAUCAUGGGGGCGGAGUGGUUCGUGUGCGGCUUCGAAGAGGCUGUCGGAGCGCCGCAAAUAUACCCGCACAGUAGUAGCUCGGCGGCGCGUGGGGCACACGCACCGGAGAUGGAGAGGGGGUUGCAUGGGGUGAAGGUGGACGUUUGGGGGAUGGGGAAUCUGGUGCGGACUUGUGGGGUGGUUGGAGGAGUGCCCAAGAUGCUGCGGGAGCUGCAGAAUCGGUGCCUUGAUCAGAAUCCGGAGUUGCGCCCCACCGCCGCCGACUGCUACCACCAUUUGCUUCAGCUCCAGUCCUCUCUUCAGACCGCCUCCGCCGCUGCUUCUGGCGGUGUAUUGAUGUGACACUCUCAAGGGUUA